AUGAGUCAGCCAGAUUCUACGGUCAUUAUGUCCAAGGGUUCUGUGCUUAGCGCAGUCCGAAACAUGGCACGUAGUCUACUCCAAGACAUUGCCUCCUUUGGCCCACGGCUUGGCUCUGACUUCGACCUGACCCUGCUCUUUGAACAGAGCAUGUUCAACAUCCUCCCUGGUGCUCUCUUCAUCGUCUGUGCCGUGUACUACUAUGCACAAGUAUGGCGCGCCCCAAGACUGGUUAAAGCUGGGCGCUUGUUCCGGUUUAAAAUGUUCUUCGGUGUUGUUCUGAUUGCAUCAGAAAUUGCCCUCCUGGCGCUCUUGGGCCAAAACCCACGCUUUCGCACUCUAAUAGGCAUCGUAGCUGGCAGCCUAUCGACUGUCUCUGCUUUGUUUGUGACUUUUACCCUGUUCGCGGAGCACUUCUACUUGGUAUGCCCGUCUCACAUGCUCAGCAUCUACCUGACCAUCGGAGUACUUCUCGAUGUUCUGCAGAUAUACUCUCUCUUCCAUCGCGAACUAAAGGCUCAAUUCAUCAUUCACAUAUUGAGCUGCGUGGCCAAGAUAGGUCUUCUCGCUUUAGAAGAAGUCUCCAAACGUUCACUCUUUAUCAGCGAAGACCUCAAAAUGAACACAAGCCGACAAGGUGUCAGCGGCUUUUUGGGCCGUACACUCUACUUCUGGCUGAAUGCGACCUUUUUGAGAGGCUACAGGACAAUUCUAAAGAUUGAAGAUUUAGACAAAUUCGACAAUGACCUCAAGUCCAAGACACUGGCUAACAUAUUCCAACGUUCCUGGGACGAAGGUGACAGCUCCAGUCAAUACCGCCUACUUUGGGCUUUGUUGGGAACAGUUGGGUCUCAACAGAUCGCGAUUGCUCUCUGUACUUGUCUAUUGUCAGUUCUCUGCAUGUAUUCACAGCCGUUCAUUAUUACACUGGUUGUUGAAGCCGUGGAUGAUCCCGGUUUGACCAAACUCAAAAUCGUCGCGUUGGUCGCCGCAUCCGCUUUAGCCUAUAGCGGUGCAGCGUUCUUUCGAGCUAUCAAUCAACAGGCAAUCGCACGAUGUACUACAAUUUUCCGAUCUUGCUCUAUAGCUGCGUCAUUCAGCAAAGCGAUGACGAUUGACUCGGCCAAUUUGCGGCGUAAUGUCGCUCUUACACUCCUCACAUCCGACAUAGCCGGGUUUCAGCUCCUACCUAUGAGAAUUAAUGCGGCGUUAAGCUCUGUUGCGUCCAUUGUUGGUGGCUUGAUUUAUCUGAUUAUCUAUGUGAAAGCAACUGCUGUCGUUGUGAUAGUUCCGGUUGCGUUUUGUACAAUUCUAUCCUUUAUCGUCGGCAGAAAGAUAAAACGAGCACAAGCGGAUUGGAAUUCGGCCACCGAAGAACGCAUGGCCACAAUUGACACUUUGUUAAGUAAAUUUAAAAGCGUGCGGAUGGCAGGUCUUGGUUCCGCAUUCUCUGAAUUUGUCAAUGCAAAGCUCGGAGUUGAGAUUGACGCCUCCAAACGGUACCGCUUUUAUAAUGCUGUUCUGUUCAGCAUUGACUUGACCGGAAUAGCAAUUACGCCCGUUCUCAUUCUCCUAGCAACAUACCUUUGGACGAACCGCAGUGGACUACCAACUGCUGAUGUGUACGCUCUCUUAACAGUCAUAGGGCUAAUUGCUGAUCCGUUGGGUAUAAUUGUCCACUCAUUUUCGCAUCUUGCGAAAUGUAUGGCCUGCCAUGAUCGUAUUCAAGAUUUCUUAUUCCAUGAUGAGCUGGUUGAUGUGCGAGGCGGGGUAGAGCCACCUAAAAACGCCAAUCAACCCGCGGUUACUGGAGAGACCUCUACAACUGGCCAAGCUCCAAGUAAUUCUGACUUGCAAAGCGAAUCACACGCCCCAGCUGGUGAUACUGCUUCGACUUCCGCUGUGGUACAGGAAGAAGAAAAGGUCGCCGCUCUAAUCAAGAAUGUUGGAACCGCCCCAACUAGUGAAGGGGACCAGAUUUUGCAAGAUGUACAUGCGACCAUUUUGGCCAACAAAUUUACCAUUGUAACUGGCGCGGUUGGUUCUGGAAAGACUUCAGUAUUUAAACUUCUUCUUGGAGAAGCCAGCAUUGUCGAGGGCGAAAUUGGUAUUGACGGGCGCGAUAUUGGCUACUGCAGCCAGAUCCCGUGGCUCCGAAAUCAAUCAGUCAGAGAAAACAUCAUUGGCCCAAACCCUAUGAGGGAUGCAUGGUAUACCACAGUUACAAAUGCAUGUGCUCUGGACGUCGAUUUCAACAGCUGGCCAGAGGGCGAUGCAACAAGUGCUGGCAGCUCUGCAAGCAAGUUGAGCGGAGGUCAAAAACAACGUAUUGCACUCGCUCGGGCUAUAUAUUCACAAGCAUCUUUACUUUUACUUGACGAUGUUUUUAGUGGACUAGACCAACAUACCGCUGCUAGGGUCUUUAACAACUUGCUGGGAGCAGACGGGAUACUACGCCAGGCGCGAGCAACCGUGCUUUUAGCAACACAUUCAGCGGAAUAUUUGCCUUCAGCUGAUUGCAUUCUGCAUCUAAAGAGCGAUAGUGUCAUCAGUCAAAUCAACGCGGUACCGACACAAGAUGGAGUAACGGAACCAAAGGUCGCUCCGAUUGUGGUCGACAUGAAUGGUGAGUCUUUAAAUGCUCAAGGAAGUCGAACAGAUUGGUCCGUCAUUCCACGUGAGAGCAACAAACAGGUCCAGAAUGCAGACGCCAGCCCGCCUUCCCAAACACCGAAAAAAAGACCGGUUCGAAAGGGUUCUAUGCAUCUAUUUCAUUUUGAAUCAUUUGGUGUAUACCACAUGAUCGCCUUUGUGAUACUUACUGCUUUGGGCGAACUGGUGUACAAGUUCCCAGACAUUUUUCUGAGCAUAUGGUUCCAACACCACGAACCAUCAGACAAUGGCUUCCUACUUGGUUAUAGUGUUAUUGCGGUAGUUUCCAUUAUUUGCACUACGCUCACCAUUGGGUGGUUUUUGGCUGUGUUGAUUGCCAAUUCGUACAAAUCGCUUCAUACGUGUCUCUUAGAAACUACUCUGAGGGCAACCUCGCGAUUCAUUGCCACAGUAGAGAAGGGUAGUAUUUUGAAUAGGUUCGGCCAGGAUAUUACAGUGAUUAGCCAGGAACUUCCGUACCUGCUACUCCACUUGCUAAUGUAUUGCUUUGCGAUACUAGUGGAUCUUGCGGUAAUUGCCAAUGGCAGUCCGUACGCAGCAGGCGUUAUUGUCUUAUUCAUAGCAUUGAUGAUGGUUGUUAGGCGAUUCUACCAACGAACAUCGGUGCAGAUGAGACUCUUGCAGUUGGGUGCGAUGGCACCCAUCUACAAUCUUUUCACUGAUGUUGCUGCGGGAAUAGAGCACAUUCGUGCCUUCAACUGGCAGGUAUCCUUCGAAACUGAGCUUCUUGAGAACUUAGACCACGCCCAAACCCCCUUCUAUCAACUGCUUUGCGUUCAGCAGUGGCUUAUACUGGUGAUGGACUUGGGAGUGGCUGGUCUUGCGAUCUUGGUUGUUUGUCUGGCUCUUUUGAUGCCAAAGGAGAGUUCCGCCAAUGGUCUUGGUCUAGCUUUAGUAAAGCUGGUUACAUUUGGCCGAGCUGUAUCCUUGUGGAUGCGAGCAUGGACUGAUUAUGAGAUAACACUGGGGGCUGUUACGCGCAUCCAGGACUUCUCUAAGGCCACACCUCAAGAGCCACAACCAGGUACCGAAGGUGAUGCCAACCGUCUAUGGCCUACUGAUGGAGCUAUCCAGUUCAAGAAAAUGUCGAUGAGAUUUGACCCCGACGAUCUCAAAUCUCGGAGAAUUGUGGGUGGUGUUACUUUCACUGCUCAACCGGGACAGAGAAUCGGUGUCGUUGGUCGCACUGGAAGUGGAAAGUCGUCCUUGAUGAUGGCAGCACUUAAAAUGAUGCAAUAUGAGGGCAGUAUUAAAAUUGACGGAGUGGAAGUGCGCAAGAUAUCUGGGGACACUUUAAGGUCUCGCAUUACCACUAUUGGCCAAGAAUCAGUUACUUUGCCAGGAUCGGUCCGAUAUAAUCUAUAUCCUUAUGCCUCGGGUAUGGUUAGUGACGACACAAUGAUUCAAGUUCUUGAUAAGGUUGGUUUAUGGGAGCACCUGAAGUCACACGGCGAAUUAGAUGCGUGUGUUGUCGGUCUUGAACUGUCCCAAGGACAACAACAAUUGCUCAACAUUGCCAGAGGAAUGAUUCACCACAUCCAUGAAAAGACGAAGAUUGUCUUUUUGGAUGAAGUUGCGAGCCAGCUGGACCUUUUGGCCGACGAGCGCGUGCAUCGGGCGAUUGAUGAAGUGUUUAGUGAGUGCACAAUGGUUGCUAUUGCCCACCGGCUCGACAACCUUCAAGAGAUGGAUGCCAUCCUCACUGUGGCAAAUGGUACAACCACAUUUGCCCCUCAGACAAGACGCAGCCGUCUGCCACCCAGUCCACCGCCCGAGGUCGAGGCCAUAGAGGCCGUGGAUACGGUGGAAACUUUCAACGCUGUGGAAGCGGUGGAUGCUGCAGAAGCUUUGGAGGCUGUGGAAGUCAUGGAGACCGUGGAAGCCCUGGAAGCUGUGUAUGGUAUCCAUCCCGACCCAGAACGCUCCCCUUCACGUGGACGAAAAUAUUCUGUUCGCGCUGGAGAGCCGAGACAUAGGCAAAGUGCAUCUGAGGAAACGAUCCGAUGUGGAUCAAAUAAUCUUGCCAGUUUAACGACACGCGAAGGCAUUGAGCUGCAACAUCUAUCGGCGGGAGCUGGGCACGGCCACGCAGUACUAGCAACCGUCACGGAGCGCGAGGACAACGGGGCUACAUCAGAAGUCGAUGGCGAUGGAAAUCGAGCAUCCAGACAGCAGCGGUUCCAUGGCACAUUGCUUCUUGAUAGGCAGUUAAAUGUAGUUGACCAGCAGGCAGCGAUACUGGCUUUAGCCACCCAAGUACUCCUACCUCUUUCUCCGGCAGACUUGGAAAAGGAAGAAGCGGACGACUUCACCUUGCAAUCUGGCAGAUACCAGUCGGCCAGCUCCAAGGCUAGCGUCAAGUCAGGCAGCAGCAAAUCACAUAGCAGCAAAUCACAAAGCAGCAAAUCACAAAGCAGCAAAUCACAAAGCAGCAAAUCACAAAGCAGCAAGUCACAAAGCAGCAAAUCACAGACAGCACCCCGCCAUCUGGGCACAAAUUUAAGUGAGGAAGAGUACGAAGCGCUUAUGAAUAGCCCGAUUAUCACGCGACGGGAAGCUGAGAAAAAAGAGCCAAAGAAUACUAAGGAAUUACAAGAACAAGCAGAGCGGUGGGAGAAGUUUCGUAAGCGCAAGAGGUAUGACGCUAGCGGCCAGCGCAUAGUUGAAGUUGAACCUGGACGGACUGCGGAUCCUGGUGUUUCGGGGACGGUUGUAUUGACGGGAGAUGGCCGCAGUGAGGAAGAGUCAAGAGAUGAUGUUGUAGGGACGCUCCGAUUAAGGGGAUAUGGUCCCAGUAAGGAAGAGCCGAGAGAGACUGAGGAUCAUGGUGGCGAGGUGGUGACACCCGUGCUGAAGGAAGACGGCCACAGCGAGGGAGAGUUGAGAGAGACUGAGGUUCGUGAUGGUGAGGUGGCGACACCCGUGGUGAAGGACGAGGGCCACAGCGAGGAAGAGUCGAGAGAGACUAAGACGCAAGAAGACAAGGCGUUGGCAAAGAUUGCUAUGGAUGACAGUGACGAUGAGGAUCUAUAUUCUGCUGAUUGA